AUGGUUGUGCCUGAAAACAGUGAAGUGAAGAAAAAGGAGAAGAAUAGUAAUAAGUUAGUGCCAUUAAUGGAGGAUCAGAAGAAUUCAAAGUUCAAAAGAAUUUGUGUUUUUUGUGGGAGCAGUUCAGGUAAUAAGCCCACCUAUCAACAAGCUGCUGUUCAGCUGGGAAAUGAACUGGUUGAGAGAAGGAUUGAUUUGGUGUAUGGAGGUGGAAGCAUUGGGCUAAUGGGCCUUGUUUCUCAAGCAGUUCAUGAUGGUGGGCGCCAUUAUAUAUAUAUAUUGUCAUAUAUAUUGUCACUGCAGAUAACUGGAAAAACUAUCGGACAAGUUCACGCAGUAUCCGAUAUGCAUCAAAGGAAGGCUGAGAUGGCCCGACAAGCCGACGCCUUCAUAGCCCUUCCUGGUGGCUAUGGCACGCUUGAAGAGUUGCUUGAAGUUAUUACAUGGGCUCAGCUUGGAAUCCAUAGAAAACCAGUAGGGCUUUUGAAUGUGGAGGGUUAUUAUAAUAGCUUGUUGUCUUUUAUUGAUAAGGCCGUUGAUGAAGGAUUUGUGUCUCAGGCUGCACGUAGAAUUAUCGUCUCAGCCCCAACACCCAAACAAUUAAUCACACAGCUUGAGGUACUUAAUUCAUCUAAUUGUGAUUUAUAA